AGCUAGUCCGUUUUAGUUGGAUCAUAAAACUGUAAUUAUAUAAAAAACGGGAGGAGUUGGAAGUAAAUAUGAAGAGUUAUACUGCACUACUCUUUUUAGCACACAUUCGAUCGAAUUCUUUUGUAAUCAAUGGCUGCUCCGCUGCUCAGAGCUCUGCCUCUCCUCCGAGGCGUCCAGCGGAGCUAUCAUCUCUCUCUCAUUAGUGGGCCGACGCCUCGCCGCCCGCUUUGCACCUCCGCCUCUGAGUCUACCGGUGGCGACGGUGAUAACUCAUCCUCUUUGGCUCAAAUUUUUCAAUCAACCGACAUAAAAGACCGCCCUCAUUAUCCUAAAUGGGACGACCCGGAUUUCCGAAAAUGGAAAGUCAAAGAAGCAGAAAUAUUUGAAGAUAUCGAGCCCAUUGUUUGCUUCACCAAAGAAAUACUUCACUCGAAUAGGUAUAUGGAUGGAGAACGCCUCACCCCAAAAGAUGAGAAAAUUGUGAUCGAUAAGCUUCUUGUGCAUCAUCCUCAUUCUGAAGAUAAGAUUGGUUGCGGACUUGAUUCAAUUAUGGUUGACAGGCAUCCCCAAUUCACACGUUCAAGGUGCCUCUUUGUCGUAAGAACUGAUGGCGGAUGGAUCGACUUCUCCUACCAGAAGUGUCUCCGAGCCUACAUCCGCGACAAGUACCCCUCCUAUGCUGAAAGAUUCAUAAAAGAGUAUUUUAAACGCGGCAGCAGCUGAACCUUCUCAAACAAGUAAGUUAAUUUGAAAUGUUGAUAUGGGUCUUAAAACGUCGCCCUGUCCGCUUCUCGAAGGUGGGGCUAUAAUUUCUUUUCGACUACAGAGAGCUAAUAUCUGCAGUAAUGCAUAUUCUUGUGCUUUUUGGGUAGAAACUGAUGUUUUGAAGGGAAUGUUACAGUAGAUAUAAGUUGAUAGGCUUUGCAUGAUUACUUAGUUUGGGCCAAUCGAAAUUGGUUGAUACUACCGAUUUUCUCAAACAUUAAUGCAGAACUACUGUGUUGAAUCCAUUUUAGAGAGUAGAUUGUAAGUUCGUAUUAGUUGUUUGUGAUUACAAAACUAUCCUUUAUAAAAUUGACAAAUUUCUAAUGAAAA